UAUUCAUUUAUAAAGCGUUUAAUAUUUAGUGGCUUCCUCCAUCCACCCUUCAAAGAUGGCUGCCCCAAAAUACUACUUGUACUUUGUUGCAUUCCUUUCCCUUUCUUUGUUGCUCAAAAAAGCUGAAGCAAUCCCAACCUACACAGCUACACACUGCACAAACACAACCACUUAUGCACCCAACACCACUUUCCAAAACAAUCUCAAUCUCCUCUUCUAUUAUCUCUCCAACAACAUCUCCCAAUCCAACGGUUACUUUUUCAGCAUCGCCGGUUUCAGUACCUCCAACGCCGUCGGCGGAACCCUCCUCUGUCGCGGUGACGUCACCACCACCGUAUGCGAACAGUGUCUCUCCACCGCACUUCAAGAAAUAAGACGCCGCUGUCCCAAUCAAAGAGAGGCUCUCAUAUGGUACGAUGAGUGCUCUAUGCGUUACACAAACAAGUACUUCGCCGUUGAUAAGAUCGUCCCUAGAGUCAACCUCGACGACGGAGUCAAUGUCUCCGGCGUUGACUUGAGGCGCUUCAACCAAUCGCUACAUCGAUUACUGAUAGAUUUGGUAACGAAAGCAGCGGGUUCCCAGUCGAUGAAGUUUGCCGACGGUGAAGUUGCGGUGACGGAGUCGGUGACGGUGUAUGGUUUGGAACAGUGCACCAACGACUUAACGGACAAUGAAUGCGAGAGGUGUUUGAGAAAUGCAAUCGGAACUCUUCCAUACGGAAAACAGGGCGCAAGAGCUUUGCUUCCGUCGUGUAAUGUGAGAUACCAACUAUACCCUUUUUUCGCUUUAUCUUCAUCGCCUUCUUCAGGGGGGAGGAAGCUUGGACCCGGCAUAGUUGCCGUCGUUGUCAUCGUGCCCAUUGUUUCUCUAAUUAUCUUAUUUUUAGGCUGCUUCUAUUUCAAGAUAAGGUUGAAGAAGAAUAUACUAAUGCCAACUUUGAGGGAAAAUUUUGGGGAUCAAAUUCAAACUUUGGAGUCAUUGCAAUUCACUUUGGUUACUAUUGAAGCUGCCACUAACCAGUUUUCAUCGGAGAACAAGAUAGGAAGCGGAGGAUUUGGAGAAGUUUAUAAGGGUGUUUUGCAAGAUGGGCGACAUAUUGCCGUAAAAAAACUUUCAAAAGGUUCAGAACAAGGCACCAUAGAAUUUAAAAAUGAGAUCGUGCUAAUAGCUAAACUUCAGCAUAGAAAUUUGGUAACUUUGUAUGGAUUUUGCUCGGAAGAACACGAAAAGAUGCUUGUUUAUGAAUAUGUACCUAACAAAAGUCUUGAUUAUUUCUUAUUUGAUCGUUAUAAACAAAGAGUUUUGAAUUGGCAUGAAAGAUAUAAAAUUAUACGUGGAAUUGCACGGGGGAUUUACUAUUUACAUGAUCAAUCAAGACUUAAAAUCAUACAUCGUGAUCUCAAACCUAGUAAUAUAUUGUUGGAUGAGAAGAUGAAUCCAAAAAUAUCUGACUUUGGUAUGGCAAAAUUGAUUGAUAUAGAUCAACAUCAAGGAAAUACUAAGAGAAUUGCCGGAACUUAUGGUUAUAUGUCUACCGAAUAUGCAAUGCAUGGACAUUUUUCUGAAAAGUCGGAUGUAUUUAGUUUUGGAGUCAUAAUUCUUGAGAUAAUCAGUGCAAAGCGGAAUGCUCUUAGUUUUGAUUCACCAGAUUUUGAUGACCUCUUAAGUUAUGCUUGGAAAAAUUGGAGAGACGAAAAACCGCUAGAAAUAUUGGACCCUGAUAUAGAAAAAUCAUUUUACUUUGCUGAAGUCAUUAAAUGCAUUCAAAUAGGUUUAUUAUGUGUACAACAAAAUCCAGAAAAUAGACCAACAAUGGAAAGAAUUGUUUCAUAUCUCAGUAGUGAUUCGGUGGAACUACCAUUGCCUCAAGAGCCUGCAGGAGUCAUGGGUACUAGAAUUAUUCCAAGCAUUAUACCAAGAAGGACGAUUUUGGAUCAACAUAAAAGUAGUAAUACUACGGGAUCCUCAAAAAAUGAUGUGACCAUGAGUAAUUAUUUUCCUCGAUAGAGUGACAAUAAUUGUUCAACAAAAAAAGAUAGUGAUCACCUGUAAAGUUUAAACUAGUUCAUUUUUUUAUAUUAAGUAAAAUAUAUUCAUUUUGUAUGUAUAUAUAAUGAAGAGAAGUCUCAUAUUAGUUCUCACAAAAAUA